ACCAUUUUUUCUCCAUUUGGUUGCUUGUUUUUUUCUCUUCCCCUUUAUGUUUUAAUUUCGUUGCAAAAUUUCAUUCCUUUGCUUUGCGAAUCACCAACAUCAAAAGAUGUCUUCCAAACCAGGUUUUAACAAAGAAGUCUUAAUGGACAUCCUUCUCAGGCUACCUCCUAAGCCCCUCGUUCGGUUUCUUUGCUCCUGCAAAUUCUGGAAUGAUUUGAUUAGCAGCUCACUUUUUGUUACAACACAUUUUAAUUUAAAUGCAACAAGACGUGACAACAAUUUUCUACUUUGCCUCCACCACCAAGAUUUUGAACUUAAAUUCGAUGUUGACGACCCUUUUGUGAAACAAGACCUUCAGUGGUCACUUUUUUCCAAUGAAACAUUUGAGCAGCGUUUCAAGUUAAAGCAUCCCUUAGGGAGCACAGAGCAUUAUGGGAUAUACGGUUCAAGCAACGGGGUACUUUGCAUUUCGGAUGAAAUAUUGAAACCCAAGAGCCGUAUACACAUAUGGAACCCAACCAUUGGCAAGUAUAGGACUGUUCCGUUGAGCAUCACCGACGACACGAAAUUUGGCUACAUUGCUCUCCAAUUCGGGUUCCACCCCGGGGUUAAUGACUACAAGGUUGUGAGGAUGAUGUGCAUGGACAACAAAGCAUUCGCCGUCGAGGUUUAUAGUCUUGCCACAAACUCUUGGAAGAUGAUUGAAGAUGUUCCCCCUUGGUUAAAAUGCACUUGGGAGCAUCAUCAAAGCACAUUUUUGAAUGGAGUUACAUACACCAUUAUUGAUAAAUGCCCUAUAAUCACCAUUGUGUCCUUCGAUUCAGGUAGCGAAAAAUUCGAAGAGUUCGUACUUCCUGAUGCCAUUUGGGGUAUAUGGGGGUUACAGAUUGGCAUUUACAAGGAACAAAUUUGCUUGCUCUAUGGAAAUUAUUGCUGCGAGGAGGAGGGCAUGGAUAAAAAUGAUUUUUGGGUUCUACAAAAGAAAGGGUGGAAAAAAUUGAGGCCUUUUGUUUUUUCUUCUGAUCGCUGCUAUUCAACAAUGGGGAUCAGUGUUGACGAUGAACUCUUACUCGAAAAGAAUGAUUUCACAGUGGGUGCAGCAGAUUUGUAUUUGUGUAAUUAUGAAUCCAGGCAGAUUCGUGAAACAGGGAUAUGCAGCUCGGGAGGUUGCCAAACAAGGGCUUAAGCCAGGCGAACUAGCAGUCAUUUCCAAAGAGGCGGUAUGUUUUCUAAUGCUUUUUCAUGCUCACUUUCAUGUGUUUGU